UCUAUAUAUGCCACCUCAACUUCAUCCAUCAUAUUCUCUCUUCCUCCCUCCCUCCGUUCCUCACUCGUACACACACGUCAUCAUCUACCUAUCCAUCUCCGGUGAUCCUUGCCGCUGCAGCAGCUAGCCUAGCUAGUGAAGGUAGCUCUUACUGGUCGGUCAAACCUUCAAUGGUUAGGAUGGCAGGCAAGGGAGGAAGCAGCAAUGGCGGCGGCGGGGGGCGGGAGUCCAAGAAGCCGGCGCUCCUGCUGGGGCGGUACGAGGUGGGGAAGCUGCUGGGGCAGGGCAACUUCGCCAAGGUGUACCACGCGCGCAGCGUGCGCACUGGCGAGGAGGUGGCCAUCAAGGUGAUGGAGAAGGAGAAGAUCCUCAAGUCCGGCCUGAUGGCGCACAUCAAGCGCGAGAUCGCCGUGCUCCGGCGGGUGCGGCACCCGCACAUCGUGCAGCUGUACGAGGUGAUGGCCACGAAGCUGCGCAUCUACUUCGUGAUGGAGUACGUGCGCGGGGGCGAGCUGUUCGCGCGCGUGGCGCGGGGGCGGCUGAGGGAGGACGACGCGCGGCGCUACUUCCAGCAGCUGGUGUCGUCCGUGGCCUUCUGCCACGCGCGCGGGGUGUACCACCGGGACAUCAAGCCCGAGAACCUGCUCCUGGACGACGCCGGCGAACUCAAGGUCACCGACUUCGGGCUGUCCGCGGUGGCCGAACAGAUGCGGCACGACGGGCUGUUCCACACCUUCUGCGGCACCCCCGCGUACGUGGCGCCGGAGGUGCUCUCCCGCCGCGGCUACGACGCGGCCAAGGCCGACCUCUGGUCCUGCGGCGUCGUGCUCUUCGUGCUCGCGGCCGGAUACCUCCCGUUCCGGGACCGCAACCUCGUGGCCAUGUACCGCAAGAUCCACAGGGGCGAGUUCCGCUGCCCCAGGUGGUUCUCGCCGGGGCUCACCCGCCUGCUGCGCCGCGUCCUCGACACCAGCCCGCCGCGCCGCGCCACCGCCGCCGAGAUCAUGGGCGACGAGUGGUUCAAGGUCGGCUUCCGCCGCUUCUCCUUCCGCGUCGAGGACGAUCGCUCCUUCACCCGCUUCGACCUGGACGACGACGCGUCCACCUCGCCGCCCGAGCCGGACACACCACGGGCGGACGCCGCCGCCGCUGGCCGCGAGAAGCCGAGAAGGGUCGCCGCCGGGCUGACGUCGUGCGCGUCGGCGCCGUCGCUGCUGCAGCUGGAAGCGCGCGGCGGGAGCAGCAGCAGCAGCAGCAGCAGCAGCAGCAGCCGGCGGCGGUCGAGCCUGAACGCGUUCGACAUCAUCUCCUUCUCGAGGGGGUUCGACCUGUCGGGCCUGUUCGAGGGCGGCGGCGCCCCGGAGCAGCCGCCGCACCCGGCGGCUGCGCGGUUCGUGUCGGCGGCCCCCGCGGAGCGGGUCCUGGCGGCGCUGGAGGCGGCCGCGUCGGCGGCCGGCAUGGCGGUGCGCGGGAGGGACGACAGCUCGGUCAGCAUUGAGGGGACGCGGGAGGGCGAGCACGGCGCGCUGGCCGUGGCCGCGGAGAUCUACGAGCUCACGCCGGAGCUGCUGGUCGUGGAGGUCCGGCGCACGUCCGGCGGCGCCGCCGACUACGAGGAGUUCUUCCGCGCGCGGCUGAGGCCCAGCCUGCGCGACCUCGUGUGCGACGAGGACGAGCCCACGCUGCUUCAGUCCGACGAGCGCUCUCGGAGCCUAUGAGAUCGUGGCCGGCGCGCGCGCGUUCCAUCCGUGCUCGUGUGCGUGCACGCGCAUGCAAGUGCAACGCAAGCUCGUCGUCGUCCAUUACCAUUACUACUGCCGCGUAUGUACUUGAGUAUUACGCCUAUAUACACACACAAAUACUGAAAUACAUGCAGAAGGGGAUUGCGAGAGUACGUACUGUACGCGAGAAGGGGUUUUAUACAUUGUAUUUUUCGGGCAGUAGUGUUGUGUAUGCCUGUAUGGUAUCCGGGAGCAUCCAUACAUGGCAGCACUGUUGCAUGCUUAUACGUGCCAGAAGGGUGAAAGGGUCAAAAGGAAUGUAAAUUUUGUGUGCGCUGGUAUCUAAUACUAAUAAUAGGUAUUAUGUAAUAGCUAA